UUUAACUUUUCGGAACGCCCAUAUUUGACUAUUAGAAGUGAUUUAAAGCCUGAUUUCAAAUACAUCCAGCAUAUUCAAGAAUAGGAGACGUACCAAUAAUCGCCAUAAUUUAUUAAUCUACAUUUUCCUGGAAACUUUCCGAUAAUCAGAAUUAUCAUGGACGGAAACGACUCCUCUGACGAGACCAAAGAAACCAAUGGAACCGUUCACUCGUUCGUCUUUGAAAAUGGUCAUGCUCCAAACACCCCGAUCAUAGAAGGCCCAAGGGCCGUUAAACGCCAAUUCUACGCAGCACUUUCCGCUCACUUGGGGGCCUUCAUAAUGGCGACGGUUUGGAGUUGGUCUUCCACUGCGUUGCCAUAUCUGCGUGAGUCGGAGGACUUACUGGGCCCCAUCACGAUUUGGGACGAGGCUUGGAUAGCAUCAAUCACUUUUUUGGCCGGCGGAGCGGGCAGUUUCGCCAUGGGCACUCUCGCCCAAAAACUCGGUCUCAAGAAGUCCCUCAUCAUCGAAACGGUCGCCAUGUUCGUUGGUUGGGUUGGUGUCGCAAUGGCGACGUCAUUAACGGAGAUAUUGAUCGGUCGGUUUAUCACGGGCUUUUUUGUCGCUGGGGUGGGCGUCUCUACAAGUCUGAUUGCAGAACUGAGCUCGGAUGGGCGGCGAGGUCGCUUAAAUUUCAUUUUUGACCUCAUGUUCUGCGCAGGGGUGUUAUUUAUCUACUUGGUGGGGACAUUUUUCACGUGGAAAAUACAGGCUUGGGCGUGUAGCGGGAUCACGGUGGUGUUUUUCCUGCUGCUGCUGACCCUUCAUGAGUCACCCGUAUCAUCGCAGCAAAAGGGGCAGGAUAUCCAAGCGAAGAAAGCGUUACGUUGGGCGAGGGAUCGUGAAAACGUGGAGGAGGAGUGGAAUGUGAUCCGACAAAAUGUAGCCAACCUUGAAAAUUCUAAAAAUUCUGGAGCUUCCUCCUCCUGGUGGGAACAAGUUGUAUCCACCUAUUUCACCAAACAGGUCAUGAAACCCAUCUUUCUCGCCAUCGCGUUACAAUUCUUCCUCCAAGUUUGCGGCGUUGUCCCCAUAGUUUGCUACGCCGUGGAUGUGUUCAAAUCCGCAGGGACGGAAGGAGUGCAUGAAAAUGUGUCCACAAUCGUGCUAGGUUUGGUCAACUUGAUUGCCACAAUUAUCGCGUUUUUCUUCGUGGAUAAAUUUGGUCGUCGUUUCCUCAUGAUCCUUUCGGAACUAUUUCUUACCAUCACGCUGGGUGGAUUGGCCGCAUUUUUGUACAUGCGGGACGCACAUGGUUAUUUUUCUGGUCAAAGUUGGGCCUACUUUCCCCUCGUGUGUUUCGUCGUGUUUAUAACGUUUUACUCUUUUGGGGUGGGUCCAUUGCCGUGGGUUUUGAUGGGGGAGAUACUUUCUCCCAAUGCGAAAGGUUUUUCUAGCGGCGUUGUUAUCCUGGCGGCACGAGCUUUUGGAUUUUUGGUCAUGUUCUUCUUCAAAGAUAUGAUCCUUGUUGUAGGACAGCAUGGGGUGUACCUAUUUUUUGCAGGGGUGUGUCUUUGUGGGCUGGUUUUUUCAUAUUUUUUCAUCCCGGAAACAAGGAAGAGAAACAUGGAAGAUAUUCAAACAGAUAUUCAACAGCAUUGGUUUUUUCACCGGGUUAAAUAUACCGAUUCUUUUAACCCUAAUGCUUAAACUAGUUUUUUAUACUCAUUUAUCAGUACUAUCCUACUUAACAAAUAGAAAUCUAA